AUGUCUGUUCCCCAACCGACCUCGGCGUUGACGGCCGCUGAACAACAUCGAGAACAACAAGAGCAAGAAGCCGUAGCAGCAGCAGCGGCAGCCGGUGAUGAAAAAAUAGCCCUCUCAAAAAUCGACGCUACUUCUAGUCGCACAUCAAGUAUCUCUACUCCUGAAAAUAGUGCCGAGCAAGGUGUUUCGGGAAAGGGGGCUGGUGCUGAGAAACGCAAAUGGUAUCAAAAAUUGAACCCGCUUCGGCUGCGCAAAAUUCCUCCCGUACCGGAGGAACGGUCUGUAUCUCCUGAAUAUGGUGCCGGUAUCCUCAGCGUUAUUUUGUUCCAAUGGAUGUCUCCGUUGAUGAACACUGGAUACCUACGGCCUCUGCAGCUACAAGAUAUCUGGAAAAUAAACCCCGACCGAUCUGUCCAUCGCCUCAAAACUAAACUUAUCGAGUCAUUCGGACGGCGUCACGAACGAGGUGAUAAAUAUCCGUUGCUGUUCGCUAUAUACGACGCAUUUUUCUUCGAAUUUUGGCUCGGCGGAAUCUGCAACCUAUUCAGUUCUAUUUUCAUGGUUCUCUCGCCUUAUAUGACUCGCUACUUGAUUGCUUAUGCCACGGAGGCGUAUAUUGCAAAAGCGAACCAUCAGCCGGAACCUGCCGUUGCAAAUGGUAUCGGAUUUGCUGUUGGAAUUACCGUUAUGCAAAUAUGUCAAAGUUUAUGCACCAACCAGUUCAUCUACAGAGGGUUUUUAGUUGGUGCACAGCUGAGGGCCGUGCUGAUCAAUGUGAUAUUUGAUAAAACCAUGAAAAUUUCAAAUCGUGCCAGAGCUGGUGGCAGUCUGGCCGAGGAUGCUGAUCAGGAUGGUCUGAAGGUUUUCGAAGGUAGCUUAAGCGGGCAAGGUUGGAGUAAUGGGCGUAUCAUUACUCUGAUGAGCGUUGACGCAGACCGUAUCAACACCGCAAUGGGCAUGUUCCAUCUAAUGUGGUCAUCGCCGAUUGUCAUUAUCCUCGCAAUCAUCCUCCUGUGUAUCAACAUCGGGUACAGUGCUCUUUCCGGAUUCGCAUUGUUGCUUCUCGGUAUUCCGUCCCUUACUAUGGCCAUUAAAAGUCUCUUAAAAAGAAGAAAAUCCAUCAACUACCUAACUGAUCAGCGAGUCUCUUUGACUCAAGAAAUCCUGCAAUCUGUCCGCUUUGUCAAAUUCUUUGGAUGGGAAAGCAGUUUCAUGGAGAGAUUGAGAAGUAUUCGCCGGUCAGAAAUCCGUGCGGUGCAAGUUCUCUUAGCUAUUCGAAAUGCCAUCUUGUGCGUCUCGCUGUCGAUGCCGACCUUUGCAUCAAUGGUGUCUUUCGUCACGUAUUCCUUGUCGCAGCAUGUGCUUACCCCCGCACCCAUUUUCUCGUCGUUAGCCCUUUUCAAUUCUUUACGUAUGCCAUUGAUGCUCUUCCCCCAGGUCUUGGGUCAAGUUACGGAUGCAUGGACUGGUCUCAAGCGUAUUCAGGAAUACCUGCUUGAAGAGGAAGUCACAGACGACAUCGAGUGGGAUCACAGCAUGGACGAAGCUAUCAUGUUGGAAGGCGCUUCCUUUACUUGGGAGCGAACUCCGCCUGAUGAACUAGGCCAGAAUGGAGGAAAGUCCAAGAAGGACAACGGGAAAAAGGAAGCACUUGUUGAACCCGAGGUUCCUGAAGAUGUCAUUCCAUUCAAGAUAUCGGACUUGAAUCUUUCUGUCAAGCGCAACGAGCUCAUCGCAGUCAUUGGAACAGUUGGCUCUGGAAAAACAUCGCUACUUGCCGCUCUGGCAGGCGACAUGCGACUAACUAAAGGAUCAGUUCGUCUAGGUGCAUCCAGAGCAUACUGCCCUCAGUACGCCUGGAUUCAGAAUGCUACUGUUCGAGGAAAUAUCAGUUUUGGUAAAGAGUUCGAUGAAACAUGGUACAACACAGUUGUUGACGCAUGCGCUCUACGCCCCGAUUUUGACGUUUUCCCUAAUGGAGACAGCACAGAGAUUGGAGAGCGUGGUAUUACCGUUUCUGGUGGUCAGAAGCAGCGUCUCAACAUUGCCCGUGCCAUCUACUUUGAUUCAGAUAUCAUCUUGAUGGAUGAUCCUCUAUCCGCAGUAGACGCGCAUGUCGGCCGCCACAUCAUGGAUCAGGCAAUCUGUGGCUUGCUGAAAGAUAAAUGCCGUAUUCUCGCAACUCAUCAGCUUCACGUACUUAGUCGCUGUGAUCGGAUCGUGGUCAUGGAUGAUGGUCACAUCAACGCUGUGGACACCUUUGACAAUUUGAUGCGUGACAACCUGCUAUUUCAGAGACUAAUGUCUACCACCACCCAAGACCAAGAGAAUGACAACGAAGAAGAUGAAGAGGAAGUGGGAGACGAAAUAGAAAAGGUCGAAAAGGAAGAAGCGGCGCCAGCCAAGAAGAUCAAACCUGGAAAACAGACAGCGUUGAUGCAGCAAGAAGAUCGAGCCACUACUGCCGUAGGAUGGGAAGUGUGGAAAGCUUAUAUGCUUGCUUCUGGUCACGUCCUUUAUCCGAUUUUCGUCGUGUUGGCCAUUGUUCUUACCAACGCUUCUAACAUCAUGACAAGUUUCUGGCUAACUUACUGGACUUCCGGGAAAUACAACUUGACCACCGGUCAAUACAUCGCCGGUUACGCCUCGCUUGCUGCACUGCAAGCUAUUAUCAUGUUCGUAUACUCGACCUUACUCAGCGUUGCAGGAACGAAUGCUAGUAAGAACAUGUUACAGAAAGCCAUGACGCGGGUUUUGAGAGCGCCCAUGUCAUUCUUUGACACCACGCCUUUGGGCCGAAUCACGAAUCGAUUUUCAAAAGAUGUUCAUGUUAUGGACAACGAGCUGGGCGAUGCGAUGCGUAUCUAUGGUCUCAACAUUACCAUGAUCAUUGCUAUUAUCAUCUUGAUCAUCGUGUAUUUCCACUACUUUGCCAUCGCAUUUGGGCCUUUGUUGAUCCUGUUCCUCGUCGCAGCCAACUAUUACCGAGCAUCAGCACGAGACAUGAAACGGUUUGAAUCCGUUCUGCGGUCUCAUGUCUUUUCUCGCUUUAGCGAAUCCAUUUCCGGGGUCGCCAGUAUCCGUGCGUACGGCUUACAAGAUCAUUUCAGUCGCGGUAUCAGUGAGGCAAUUGACGAAAUGGACAGCGCAUACUUUCUCACAUUCUCUAACCAGCGAUGGCUCAGUGUCCGCCUUGAUGCUGUUGGUUACAUCAUGGUGUUUGUCACCGGUAUUCUAGUCGUGACGUCCCGAUUCAAUGUCUCUCCCAGCAUUUCGGGUCUUGUGCUAUCUUACAUUCUCGCAAUUGUGCAGAUGUUGCAAUUCACUAUUCGGCAACUCGCUGAAGUCGAGAAUAGUAUGAACGCCACAGAACGACUGCACUAUUACGGAACUCAACUCGAAGAAGAGGCACCUGUCCACCUUGGCGAAGUUGAACCCGAGUGGCCCACAGAGGGCAGAAUCACAUUCUCAAAUGCUCAAAUGCGUUACCGCGCUGGUCUCCCUCUCGUUCUUAGAGGACUGAACAUGGACAUUCGCGGCGGCGAGCGAAUCGGUAUUGUUGGACGUACAGGAGCUGGAAAGUCCAGUAUCAUGUCUGCACUCUUCCGUAUCACCGAGCUAUCCGGAGGAAGUAUCACAAUUGAUGGCAAAGACAUCGGCAAAGUCGGUCUUCAAGAUCUUCGUUCACGUCUCGCUAUCAUCCCUCAAGACCCAACACUCUUCCGAGGAACGGUGCGAUCAAAUCUCGAUCCAUUCAACGAGCACAACGAUUUAGAGCUAUGGGACGCAUUGCGAAAGUCCCAUCUAAUCGGCGAACAACCCGAGGGAUCCGAGCUAGAAGAUUCCGAUGAAGAAAAGUCCCAACAAGCCCAGACCCAAAGCUCAAACCGCAUCCAACUCGACAGCACCGUCGACGAGGAAGGUCUCAACUUCUCCCUGGGUCAGCGGMAACUGAUGGCCCUCGCGCGCGCCCUGGUUCGCAACUCUCGCAUCAUCAUCUGCGAUGAAGCUACUUCAUCUGUCGAUUUUGAGACAGAUCGCAAAAUCCAACGCACCAUGGCGACCGGGUUCAAGGGCAAGACACUGUUGUGUAUAGCGCAUCGGUUGCGCACGAUUAUCACUUAUGAUCGGAUCUGCGUUAUGGAUCAGGGACGGAUAGCGGAGUUGGACGCGCCGUUGACGUUGUGGGAGAAGCAGGAUGGGAUUUUCAGGAGUAUGUGUGAUCGGAGUGGGAUUGUGAGGGAGGAUUUCUUUGCGGGUGACGAUGCAUAA